AGGGCUGAGAGUCAAUCUGCCUCCAACUGCCACUCCCCACCCAGGCCUGUGACGGGAGCGCGCUUUGCGUUAUGCUACGCUCUACUGCCAAACCACAGGCAAAGCUGAGGUUGUGAAUCUCCGCGAGGAAGUUGUUCGGAUUUAUAUACAAGUAUACAAAAGUAAAGAAUAACUGCUGGAAUAUAGUUUUAAAACGCUUCGUAUUGGGAAUCAAGUUACAUCGGUCACUAUGGAGUAGUGGUUUGCGGCACAAACGAUGGAGACGGCGAGAAGUUUGCUCUUUCUCGGGGCCGUGCUGGUUGGAGUUGAGAGCGUAUUGGGCAGAGAAGUGUGCCUAGGCACGGACAUGAAGCUGGCACUACCGUCCAGCCUGGAAAACCACUAUGAGAUGCUCCGGCUGCUCUACAGCGGAUGCCAGGUGGUGCAUGGCAAUCUGGAAAUUACACACCUACAGGGGGCACCAGACCUUAGCUUCCUCCAGGGGAUUGUGGAGGUGCAGGGCUAUGUCCUCAUUGCCCACGUGUCCUUGACCGCAGUGCCCCUGGACAGCCUGCGCAUCAUCAGGGGCAGUCAGCUGUACAACUCCAGCUACGCCCUGGCCGUGGUGGGCAACACCGGACUGAGCCAGCUGCGCAUGAGGAGCCUGACCGAGAUCCUGCUGGGCGGGGUGUACAUUUGGGAGAACCCCCACCUGUGCUUCCCAGACCCUGAGAAGAUCCUGUGGAAUGAUACCCUGGAUGAACAGAACACCCAGAGACACCUGCUCCUGCAGAAGAGAGCGCCAAGCUGCAAAGCCUGCGCCUCUGAAUGUGGGUCCCGAGGCUGCUGGGGCCCGACCAAUGAGGACUGUCAGACCUUGACCCAUAACUGCGCCUCUGGGUGCCUGCGCUGUAAGGGCCCGCUGCCCAACGACUGCUGCCACAAGCAGUGUGCAGCUGGCUGCACUGGGCCCAAGGACACCGACUGUCUGGCCUGUCGUCACUUCAAUGACAGUGGACAAUGCAAGGACAACUGCCCACUGCCUAACAUCUAUAACUCUGCAACCUACCAGUCCAGACCGAACAAGGACAAAAAGUUUAGCUUCGGUGCCACCUGUGUGAAGGAAUGCCCACAUAACUACUUGGCCAUGGAGGUGGCCUGCACCAUGGUGUGCCCCAAAGCCAACCAAGAGGUCAUCGUCAUCCAGCCUAAUGGCCAGGAGACCCAGAAGUGUGAGAAGUGUGAUGGAGAUUGUCCCAAAGUGUGUUAUGGUUUAGGGAUGGGUAAUCUGCAAGGUGUUCUUGCAGUCAACUCCUCAAAUAUCGACCUCUUCUCUGGCUGCAAGAAGAUCUUUGGAAGCCUGGCGUUCCUCCCUGAGACCUUCGUGGGAGAUCCAGCCACCAACACCUCAGCGCUGGAUCCCAGCAAGCUCGAUGUGUUUAAAAGCCUGCGUGAAAUAACCGGGUAUGUGUACAUAGAGGCUUGGCCAAGUAACUGGACUGACCUGAGCGUGUUUGAGAACCUGGAGGUGAUCAGGGGAAGAAUGCUGUACAGGGGUGUGUUCUCUCUGGGCCUGCAGUCGCUGGAGAUCGAGUCUCUGGGCCUGCGCUCCUUGCGCAGCGUGAGCGGGGGCCUGGUGCUUGUGCACGGCAACCCCCGCCUCUGCUACAUCAAAUCGCUGCCCUGGAGCACGCUCCUGUACCCUGCCCAGGGCCUACACCUCAUUGGCACCGAUAACCGCAGCCCGCAGGAGUGUGAUGCAGAGGGGCGUGUCUGUCACGCCCAGUGUGCGAAUGAGAGCUGCUGGGGACCUGGCCAGAGCCAGUGCGUGUCCUGUGUGAAGUACCAGCGAGGGACAGAAUGUGUGGAGGAGUGCAACGUUAUGCAGGGGUCUGAGCGGGAGUACAUCGAUGGAUCUCGCUGCGUCUCCUGCCACCCUGAGUGCCGCCCAAUGAAUGGCUCAGCAUCCUGCGACGGCCCGGGGGCGCACCAGUGCAGGGAGUGCCUUCAUUUCCAGGACGGAGAGGUGUGCGUCCCACGCUGCCCCAGCGGCGUGAAGGAGGAGCACCACACCAUCUGGAAAUAUGCCAAUGCCACAGGGCACUGCCAGCUCUGUGGCACCAACUGUACACACUCGUGCACUCUGAUGGAUGAGAAGGGCUGUCCUCUUGACCAGAAGACAGGGCCGGCGACCUCUAUUGCAGCGGCGGUGGGCGGAGUCAUGCUCUUCCUCAUUCUGGUGGCACUGCUGGUGUUCUACCUGCGCAGACAGAGACACCUGAGGAGGAAGGAGACUAUGAGGAGGAUCCUGCAGGAGCACGAGCUGGUGGAGCCGCUUACGCCCAGCGGUGCCAUGCCCAACCAGGCCCAAAUGCGCAUCCUGAAGGAGACCGAGCUGAAGAAGCUGCGGGUGCUUGGCUCCGGGGCCUUCGGAACCGUGUACAAGGGUGUGUGGGCACCUGAUGGGGAGAAUGUGAAGAUCCCGGUGGCCAUCAAGGUGUUGCGAGAGAACACCUCACCCAAGGCCAACAAGGAGAUCCUGGAUGAAGCCUAUGUAAUGGCAGGUGUGGCCAGUCCCUAUGUGUGCCGGCUCCUGGGCAUCUGCCUGACCUCCACAGUGCAGCUGGUCACUCAGCUUAUGCCCUAUGGCUGCCUGCUGGACUACGUGCGUGAGAACAAGGGGCGCAUCGGCUCCCAGUCCCUGCUCAACUGGUGCGUGCAGAUCGCCAAGGGGAUGAGCUAUCUGGAGGAUGUGCGGCUUGUUCACCGGGACCUGGCAGCUCGCAAUGUCUUGGUGAAGAACCCCAACCACGUCAAGAUCACGGACUUUGGCCUCGCACGGUUGCUGGACAUCGAUGAGACCGAGUACCAUGCCGAUGGGGGCAAGGUGCCCAUUAAGUGGAUGGCUCUGGAGUCAAUUCUUCACAGGAAGUUUACACAUCAGAGUGAUGUCUGGAGUUAUGGCGUGACAGUGUGGGAGCUGAUGACGUUCGGGCUCAAACCCUACGACACAAUCCCAGCCCGGGAAAUUCCAGAACUCCUUGAAGGAGGCGAGAGGCUGUCUCAGCCAUUCACCUGCACCAUUGAUGUCUACAUGAUUAUGGUCAAGUGCUGGAUGAUUGAUCCUGACAGCCGGCCAAGGUUCCGCGAGCUGGUGACGGAGUUCACCGCCAUGGCCAGAGACCCGCCCCGAUACGUGGUGAUCCAGAACGACGAGCAGAUGAGCGUGUCCAAUCACGUGGACAGCCGCUUCUUCCGCAUGCUGCUGGAGGAAGACGGGGCCGGCGUGGGCGAGCUGCUGGACGCCGAGGAGUACCUGGUGCCCCAGCCGGGCUUCUUCAGGCCGCAGGGGGAGGGACCCGGGAACGGCCCGUCCAGACACCACUCGCACAGGAGUGCAGAUCAGGUCCUGGAUGGUGAGACCUCGGCAGGGGGGAGGAGCAUGUACGCAUCAGUCAGCACCCUGGGGCGGAGUCAGUACCCCACUCUGCCCAUAGGAGCGUCUGGGAACGGCCCGUGGGUGCCCCAGUACCCUGCCCUGGCCCGCAGCAUAUCCCACCGCUCGGCUGGGGGCCAGUCGGACUCCGUGUUCCUGGAUGCGGGGACAGAGGGCCCUGGCCCUCCCAGCAGUCCGGGCCGAUAUUGCGAGGAUCCCACACUGGCCAAUGGGAACGACAGCGACCUGGAGACUGACGGGCCGGCUCCGCCACUUCCACACACCCUCCCGAGGGGAGCGCGUACGCAGCCUGAGUACGUAAACCAGGGGGUUCCAGACGGCAGAACCGGGAUGGCAGACCGUCCCAGCACCCUGCCUCGAAAGGUGUCUGGGAGUGUGCGGCGCCUACCCAACGGUUUGGGGCCGGGAAGUAGCGUGGAGAACCCAGAGUACUUGGUCCCGAUGAGCAGCAUAUCGCCUGCCUUCGAUAACCCAUACUACCUGGACCUGGGGGGCAAGGCUGGUGCAGGGGGCGGGGGGACAGAGCAGGGGGAACCGCCCGUCGCAAGGCUGGCCAAUGGCUUCAUCACACCCACGGCUGAGAACCCAGAAUACCUGGGGCUGGCGGACACCUGGAGUGGACAGAGAGAACACUCUUGAGUGCACCCGAGCGAUCAGAGAUGAGUGAGAGUGCGAGAGAAAGAAGAGCGAAAGAUGUGUGUGCGAAAGAGAGCUGAGAGGACGACUGUUCUGUUACCGCGGGCUCCGGGGUUCUCUUCUCUUCCAACUCCAUGCCUCUCUGCCUUUACACUUGUGCCCUCUCUUCCCACCUUUUGGUUCACUGAGGUUUGGGGGGGAUGGACAACUCUGAUCAGGCCGUAUUUCUAUCCCAGCCUCCACCUUCCCUUGAGCUAGCAGGCCAGGCAAGACCAUCUAACUUCACCCUGUCACCACCGAAGCUGAGACAGAAGAGAGAAAGCCACUGCUUGACUAAGGGGAACACCACAGCCUUAACCUGUGAGGUAAUACCUGGACUGUGGCAACUUGGGCACAGAGACAGGCCACACGUGUUGUGUCUUGUGCGUUGCUACCCAAGCUCCCGCGAGCCCCCUCCCCACCCCCCUUCAUCACAUAACACAAUGUAGCAUUUCCAUGAGGAAUUCCAUGGACAGCUUGAGGCAGCUUGUAAAGAAUCAGCUUUUGUAUGCAUUCGAUACAGGACAGACUUUCAGCAGAAGACAAGAUGGAAACUUCUGCCUCUGGGAACCAUAAUACAAAGUUUGCUCAUGAAAUAAACAUAUUUGUUUGUAGCAAUGUUUCCCCAAUGUAUCCCACUGUACUAAUUCUGGGAUGUCAGAGAAACUAGACAAAACUUUGUGAUUAUUAUUAUUGACUGCAACCCAAAUAUUUACACUGGAAAAUUAAGAUGAACAGUGAAGAGCAGUUGCUAGCAAUGUUUGAGUCACGUCUAUAUAUACAGGAAUAUAUAUAUGUGUGUGUAUGUAUGUGUGUGUGUGUGUGUGUGUGUGUGAGUGUGUAGUCUUGCAGUUGGUUAUUUUGGCAGACAAAUAACCUAUAAUCUGGGGUUUUCGACUUGACAAGACAAAACUAGUGUGCAGUCAUUAACAAACGAAUGCUUAGAGACCAUCUAACUUUCUGUCCUUGCCAGAAAGAAAGUGUCUUUAAGAACUAUCUGGUUCCUGCUGGUACGUGAUGAAUCGAGAUUAUGCAUCAGAGGGCAGAGUCCUGCAGUACGACUUGGUGUAUUAUUUACAAGUGUUUAAAGCGGUACUAACCAAAAUGGAGGGAGCCUGAGCCUGUGUGUACCCGCAGUAACAAGGGCUUUUUUUAGCGGUGUAAAAUAACUGAUAAUGCUGGUUUAAUGUCACUGCAACUUUGUUAGAAUGUCAUGUGUUAAUACAGUUCUCUUCACAGCAGCAACUUGGCUUUGCAAGCCAGCUGAGUGGGAUUUAAUUUUUUUUUCUACGUAAUUGUACUUUCGUUUUCAAAAAGCCUAAUGAAAAACAAUUGAAAAUGAAAACCACUGAUAAUGUGAUGUGGACUGAACGCCAAUCGCAUAAACUAUUCUCAGAGAAGCCCUGUGUUCCAGUGGGCUAGUUUGGUGGACACAACUUAUCCUUUUGUCUUCAGUUCAUUACAACCGACUGCUGUAUGGUAAUACUGCUGUUGUACCCUUGAGCCAAGAUUCUGUGUAGUUCCUUCCCGGGACUAAUUGGUAAAAAUGCUCAUGGGGUGUAAAAUAGAAACCUAGAGACUACACACAAUUCACGUAGACAUCAGCUGAAAAUUAACACAAGGAAGAUCAUUUUGAAGGUUCACGUACUUUCCUCAAGAGUGCGAAACCACUUGUUAAUUUUCAACUCUAGAUUUAAAGAGAGGGAUUGUCAUUUAAAUUGAUGUAGCUGAAGGCAGUUGUGCCAUGUGAAUAGUGCCAUUGUUCACAACGGAAGCGAGGUCGCUGCCACCCGACCGACAACCUCAUAGAGCUUCUGUGUAGCAGCUUUAAAGCGGCAGAUCUGCCAGCGUGAAGAUUGGAACAAUACACAGAGGGACAACGUAGUCAAAUGAAAGGGUAUGGCAUGUCGGGAAUGUCAGAUGCCUCGGUGCUUUGCGUAUGUACAAUAUGGCUGCGACAGUUUAAGAGACCAGCGCUCUGUUCAUCUUCCUUUUAACAGCACUCAAGAUAAAAAUGGCUGAUUUAAAAUAGGGCAUUUUAUGCCAAAGCCGAUAUAUCGAUAUGUAAUGUGUAAUUACCAUGCUUCUUUUAGCAGUUUUUUUUUUUUGUAACCUGACCUCGGGGACCAGACAGAUGAGACCUAAAUGUGAGCAGAAUUUUAGAAGCCCAGCCAUAUGCACUUCAGAGUCUAAAAAAACGUGGAUGUGGUUUGUCAUUGAUCUUUAUUAAGUACGCUUAAAGCGCUUGCCUUUAACAAUGCCUAGAACAAUGAGUGUAGUGUGCUGGGGAGGGGGAGGACAGAUUGAAUUCCCCGAGUUUUGUUUUCCGCAUGGUAACAGCAGUGCGCAUGCUGUGGAGCUGCCUAAUAUUCAGCGCUUGCUCAAGGGGACAUUUCCAAAGGUUGGAAUUAUUCCAAGUAACUACUACUUCUGCUACUUCUUUUUUUACUAACUGGGUAGACAUUGGCAGUGCUGGAAAACCAUGCCGUACUUAACCUAAACCAACUAACUGUCAAUUUGGAAACCUAUACUGGUUUUUCGAUCCAGAAUGUGGAGGAUGCAUUGGGAUGGAUUAAUUUGGGACAAAACCCAAGAGAACACAGCCUGAAAUUGUGUCCAAAAAUAAAACCAGUGCUGUGCAAGCCCCAUGUGGCAACAUGAUAUUUUACACAAGCACCUUUGAGACUGCUGGCACAGAGUGUUGGCCACAAAUAGCACACUAGUCCGACACUGUCAGUGAUAUCUCUGCCUCUUUUAGCCCCCAGAGCAAAAAACCGACGGGGGAGGGGGUAGUGGUGAAGGCCAGUGAGAUACAAGGGAGAGGUGAAGGAAUUAUGUUGAGAUUUUUUAAAAAUUGUACAUUUGUAUUUUUUACUUUUUUAAAAGAUGUAUAUUGUAUACGUGUGGGAUGUUUUGUGUGGAUUAAUUUUGUUUUUAAAGUUUUCCUACCAGUGAGCCAAGUCAUUUUUCCCCACAUCAAGAUACUAAAAAUAAAGCCCUUUUGGUUUGUGUCAGAAUGAAGUAAUUUCAAUAAGUGAAGUCCAACAAAUGGCUUGUAUGCACGGUAUUUAAUACAUGUACUUGUGUAAAGAAACUUUCCAUGAACAUGCUUUUAGUAAGAUGUGGGUGUGCAUUAAAUGAAUACUGUCAAAACAUUCAUAAAGAUUUUAGUGUAUUUUAUUAAAUUCAUUCUGUUUGCCUCUUGGUGGAAUACAGACAUCCAAGUUUUCUGAAAGCUACCAAUGAUUUGCAUUUCGAUUAAAAUAUUUUCA